AUGAAUAGCAGUGCUGGGUUUGCUGAUAGUGCAUAGGAAGGUGGUUAUUUUUAUUGUAAAUUUGAUAAAUGUGGAAGAAAAUUUGAAAGCGAAACAAGAUUAAGAGAUCAUUAAUACAGAAUGCAUGAUAAAGAUAUUUUAUAAUAGAAUCAAAAGGUAUAAGUAGAAAUGAAUACAAGCAAUGGAAGCAAUAUGUACAAAAAGGAUGAGUAGUUAAAGUUACCUACAAUAAGCAACAAUAAUAGCCAAAUUUCUUAAAGCAAUUAGCGAGUUAAUUUAGUUUAAAAAAACGCAGAUAAAUAGGAUCAACUUCACCCUGUAAUUAGGUAGGCUUAACAAAUAGCCAGCUUAAAUAAUAGUACAGCUACUAUGAUUUCUAACAAUAAUAGUAGUUAUUCUCAUUAGAAAAAACCUUCAAUAAAUAGUCAAGUUGUCAAACACAAUAAUAGUAUUUCUGGGGGAAUUGUUGUUGGAAGUCGCCCAUCAUCAUCAUCUUCUUCUAAUUUUAACACUACAAGCUCGUCAACAAACAAUAUUGAGUUCGGAAUCAAAGAGAAUAAUAUAAUGAAAAAUUCUUAUUUGGAAAAUAGCUAAGUUUAGCAAAAGAAUAUUUAAAUUUAGAAUAAGAUGGAUCAAAAAAUAAAUGUAGAAAGUAAUUAAUCAAACAUAAAGCUGAAUAUUUCUUCUAAUGAUAAAUCAUAAUAUAAUAAUGGUCGGAUAACACCUAAUUUAAUGAGAAAAAAUAAUUCUUAAUAGUCUCUUUAAGCGUAGGUUAAAGUUCAAAAUUCUGUUGAUUAAUAGUAGGGAGCAGAAAUAAAAACCAGUAUUCAAGAUAAACCUACUAAAAAGGAAGAAAGGAUUAAAUCGAAAGAGGAGAUUUUAUUUGGUAAAAAAGGUGUUGAGAGAAUUCAAACAAUUUUAAAAGACUAAAAGGAGAUCAAUAGCAAAAAAUAAAUUCAAAAAGUUAGAGAUUUAAAUGAAAAUUUAAACAAGGAAUAACUAGAAAAUUAAGAUGAUAGUGAAGAUAGUGAUGAAAACGAUGAAGAUAUUGCUAAUUAAAUUAAUAGAGAAGAUUAGAUUCUUAAUAUGUAAUUUUCUGAUGAUAAUGAAGAUGAUGGUGAAGAGAGUGUUGGCGAUAAUGAUGAUGAUGAAAUAUUUGAGGAAGAUGAAGAAGAAUAAGAAGUAAGUUUAAAUGAUAGUUAGGACAAAGAGGAUUUUAAGAAAAUUACAAGUAAAGAAUAAUAAGAGAUUUUAAACAAAAAUAAUAAAAUAACUGAUAAAAUAAUGGCAAGACCUUCUCCUUAGAAGCAACUUAAAGGGAAAGAUUCUAACUAAUAAGAAAAAAAUGAUAAACAAGCUAAUAAGCUGACAGAAAAGAGAAAAGUUUCAUUCUCAAAUUAAGAAAUUGACCUUGUAAAAGAAAAGGAAAUGGAAGAGUUAAGAAAAUAAAGUUAAAUUGAAACACAAAAGAUCUUGACAAGUAAAUUUAUCUUGGAAUACACUGGAUAUGAAAAAAUAGAAUAAGUAGAUCAGCUUUUCUUGAGGAAUAAGAAUUUGUUAUAUUUGAAAGAUACUGAUUAACUUGAUUGGAGUGAGUUUAUGGAUUUACAAUAUUUAGUUGUGGCUCACAACCCACUUUUGGAAAACAUUGACUGCAUCAGCAGUAUUCCUAAUCACAAUUUACUGUAGUUAAAUUUAGAAUACAACAAUAUAGAAGAUAUCACUCCGAUAUUCCAUCACACUUAACUUCAAGUUUUAUAUUUAAAUGGCAAUAGAAUAACUUCUAUUUAGGGAAUAAAUAUAUUAUCAUAACUAAAAACUUUAGCUCUGAUGAAAAAUAAAAUUAAAGGAUUUGAAAAUACUCUUAAUACUCUUUGUAUGCUCAGUAAUUUAGAAGAGUUAGAAUUGGAGUAAAAUCCGGUUUCCUCUAGAUUUAAUUAUAAGUACGAUCUUUUAUGGAAGCUGAAACUCAAAAAACUUGAUGGGGAGGAAGUUACUGAUAUUGAUUUAGAGCUUUCUAGAGCAUUUCAAAAAGAGUCUUUGAACUACAUACAGCAAAAAUCUGGACUCCCAUUAAGACCUGGUACUGCUAAAGAUUGGGGUAGUAGAAGUGCCUUCAAUGAAGGUGCAGUUAAUAGUAAGAGCAAUUACAAAGAUAGGUUCAAAUAAAAAAUCAAUGAUUUAGUAUAAGAGUCAAAAGAAGUAUUGAAGAGUAUCCCUGAAGACAGAGCUGCCGAAUUAGAAAUAGAAAUAGAAUUGGCAAGACAGUAGCAAGAAUAACUAGAGUAAGAACUCGAAAUUCUCUACUGUGAAUAAUAAGAAUUAAGAGAGAAAAAAGAUAAGUUAAUUAAAUAAAAUGAUGAAUUUUAACAACAAAUCCCAGAAUUUUAAUCACUUUAGUAACAAAAAAAUUAACUCUCAUAGAAAUAUCGUUCUUAUGUAGACCAUCUUAAGAAUAAUGAUAAUGAUGUAGGAAAAUUUAUCAAAGAAAUAUUUAAAUUAAAUCUGAAGCUAGAAGAUCUAUAAUAAGAAAACUAAGAGUUAGUUAUAGAAAACAAUAUGUUGCAGCAAACUUAAUCCAAAUUUUUCUAAUCUACGAAUAGACCUUCCACAGCAAAUAAAACAAUGAAAUAAUCAAAAGCAGAUUUUCAUAAAAGUCUAACUAUUUUUAACUAAAUAGAAUAAACUUUAAAGUAGCAGUAGUAACAACUAUCAUAACCUCCUAAAUAUUCUUCCAAAAUUUAUGAUGAUGCAGAAGAAGUUUUAAGCUAAGAUGAAUAAGAUGAAGAGUAAUAGCAAGAAUAAGAAAUACCAGACAAAAAAUAAAAUAAAAUCUUAAAAAGUGAUAUGUUGCAAGAUAAAAAAAUACAAGAAUAAAAACCUGAAAAUGAUUUACAAGAAGAGGAGGAUGAAGAUGAUUUAAAUUACGGAAAUUUACACUUAGAUAAAGGAUUUGAAAGUGAAGAACUUGAUGAUGACAUGAAAGAAAUUUAAGAAUUAUUGAGGAAAAAUGAUGAAGCACUUAAAGGAGUGAAAAGCGAAUUAAAAGAUUUUUGA